AUGGCUCAGAUUGACUCUUCUACGACUGUGAAUUACGAUGAGAUCCCCGGCCCGUUGGGCCCGGAAGCUGCCUCGUUGACGGGCAAAGUCGCCCUAGUGACGGGAGCCGGCCGCGGCAUCGGCCGCGAAAUCGCCCUCGAGCUCGGCCGCCGCGGUGCGUCCGUCAUCGUCAACUUCGCGCACUCGGCCUCGCACGCCGCCGAAGUCGUCUCCAUGCUGCACGCAGUCCCGACCCAAGCCGUCGCCGUCCAGGCCGACGUUUCGUCCAUCCCGCAAAUCGUCCGUCUCUUCGCCGAGGCCCGGGCCGCGUUUGGCAGGCUCGACAUUGUCGUUUCCAACAGCGGGGUGGUCUCCUUCGGGCAUCUGUCCGAGGUCGCUCCCGAGGAGUUCGACCGCGUGUUCGGGCUCAACGUGCGGGGCCAGUUCUUCGUUGCCCAGGAGGCGUACAAGGCUUUGGAACACGGGGGCCGCUUGAUCCUGAUGGGUAGCAUCACGGCGCAGGCCAAGGGCGUGAAGAGGCAUGCGUUAUACAACGGGAGCAAGGCGGCAGUGGAGGGAUUGGUGAGGGGGAUGGCCGUUGAUUGCGCCGACAAAAAGAUCACAGUGAACUGCGUCGCCCCCGGUGGCAUCAAAAGCGACAUGUACCACGUGAACGCGCGCAAGUAUAUUCCCGGAGGAGAGAAAUUGACGGACGCGCAGGUCGAUGAGGCCGUGGCGUCCAUGUCGCCGCUUCAUCGGGUUGGGUUGCCGAUUGAUGUGGCUCGCGUGGUUUGCUUCUUGGCGAGCCACGACGGGGGAUGGAUCAACGGCAAAGUAAUCGGCAUUGAUGGCGGAGCACCUCUGUAG